AGAAGGCGACCGCCUGCCAUGAUGAAGACUUUUGUCCGGCGAGGCGACGUUUCCGCAAAGAGUUUAUCUUGCGCUCUUCAUCGACUUUUCGCCGAUCAGACAUGCCCAAUUCCCCAUCGUGGAGCGACACUCGGUCGAUGUCUAGUCAACCAAAGCGCUGGGUUUGAACCUGUAUUUGGGGCACAAUAGGUCCAUCAGUGCUUAACAUCCGCGGUGCCGUCGAACAAUAAAGGGGUGAUUGACUCUCAACAAGUAUAUAUAAGCCGUACAGCCGCCACCUGAUCCCUCAAUUCCAUCCGUCCAUCUGUUGCCUCUCCACUUGUGGUUACACUUCGACAUGCCUCGUUCAACGCGAUCAUCCCGAAGACGUGCCCGGUCCCCCUCUACACCACCAUCCAAGGUGUCUCCAGCGGCCAAGCGUCAGCGCAAAGUUGAUCGGGAGGACGACAAUACCUCGUCGGUUACCAAGGCCACAGACACUGUCGAGGUUAUGCAAGAGGUCCCAGCCGCGCUGAAACUGGUCAGGGCUAUGAAAGAAGUAACAGCCUUACCUAAGAUCGGAUACUGUCCCUCGAAGAUCGAACAAAUGGCAUCGCAUAUGAUGUCUUCUGGGCCGGACGACCUAUCUGAGGAAGACAUAGACAGGUGCGACAACGCCGAUAUGUCUGAAGAGGUUCUGGCGAGAGAAUCAUGGAACAGGCCAACUAUUGCCAAGCUGAGCGAGAUCGCCGUGAAGCAUGCACACAAUGCGGCUUCUGGGUAUCUCGACAGUCCCUUCCGUCUUCGGAUCACCAGGAGCGGCUGCAAAUUUGACGAGAAAGUGACACCUGCACCUGCUCCGAAGUAUCAGUAUCAAAGGCCUUAUCUCUUUCCCGGAAACAAAACCGCCCUGGAGAAUCGUCUCAAGCAAUGGCAUCUUAACGCCGAUGCGUCCGGUUAUGGGGACGUCCGAGAACAGGUCACGAAGGUUGACCAUACCGUUCGUCGGGCUAGGGAAAUCCCUGCAUCCGAUUUCGAGGUCGAACCUGAGCUUUUGGAGCGCAUCGCGGCCCUGUGGGACGAGCACUUCGUCCCCAACUCCGGUGUACGCGUUGAGCCCUACAAGAUCCACCUCUACGGCCCCGGGGACCAUUUCAGCGUCCAUCGCGACACCCCGCAGAAGGACCUUGUCGGCACGUUCCUUAUGGGCCUCGGUGACACAAGCUACGAUGGUGGUCUCAAUGUCGACGGGACUCGAUACGGGGCAGACGAAGGACAUUGGUGCGCUUUUUACCCCGAUGUGCCCCACUCCGUCAAGGACGUCCACGGCUAUAGAGCAACCCUCGCGUUCAAGCUCUUCCGCGCCUCUGACACGGACGAGGACACAUCCACCUCUUCGCAAGUCAGGCAGCAGGUGUCCCAGUUAGUCGAGGCACUGGAAGCGCCGUUCGGCAUUCUACUCCAGCGCAAGUACUGUCUGGGUACUACGAGCUUCAGCGGGUUCGAUGCUCUCCUCCUCAGCUCCCUCCGUGCCCUGGCCAAUGUGGAUGUCAGGCAUCUCCCUGUUGUCCUUGGGUCGUACUUUGAGUGGGGAUCGCACGACAAGAACGACCGUGACAACGACUGGGAGAUGAGUUGCACAACCGCUGUGUAUCCAUUCACGAAAGGUCACGUCGACGCUCUCUUGGACUAUGUCGAGACCGGCCACAGACCGAAGAAUCAAGCGGAGUGCGGUGCUCCAUGGCUGGACGGCGUCAAACACGUCCCUUUCUUCUCGCUCGACCUCAAGCAGUCGCUGUACACUUACAAGGAAGAAGAGGAAGAAACAUGCAAUUAUACUGGCAACGAGGCGCAGGCGUGGAGGGAAGACAGUGUGUACCUCUCGUAUGCCUUGCUGGUACUGCCUCGAACGCCAGGGACCUCCGAUACUGGAGCAGACAUCGCUCGUUGAAUGUGAUGAACGCAUGCCCUUCACCAUGGCAUACCUCGUGGGUAGUUUUUUUUAUGAGGCGGACUGAAUUGGCGGGAAUGUACAUGUGGACUGUUUGAUUCGAUACUUGAUCACCCUGAGCAGCUCAAAUGCGCGAGGAAUGUCAAACAUAUAUCUCAC